ACUACUAAAGAAUAUUAUGUACUAUAACAAAAAUAAAGCUUACAAUUACCAAUUUACAAAAAAAUAAGGUAUUAAAAGUUACAGUAUUUAUAUUGAACAAUUUAAACAGUCAACUUUAAAGUUUAAUAUCAAUAAAUUACAACUACAAACAUUAUAACGUUUUCUAAUCAAUUAACACUUAUUAAGUAUUAAUUACUGUUCUAGUAUUAACUAUAUUGAGUUUGACACCUUAUUGAAAUUGAAAUGGGUUUAGACAAUGAAAACCCAACUUUAUUUGACAAAAGCGAAGAGAGGAAAGUUAGUGAAAAAGAAUUAGAUGACAAUGAAGCUGAAGAGUUUGAUUCAAGGGAAAUCUUUGAUUUGAUUAGAGGAAUAACAGAUCCAGAACAUCCACUGUCACUUGAAGAAUUAAGAGUUGUUGAUCAAAGUUUAAUUGAGGUUGAAGAUAGUAUUAAUACAGUAAAAGUAUUAUUUACACCAACUAUUCCUCAUUGCAGUAUGGCUACAUUAAUUGGAUUGUCUAUUAAAGUUCGACUUUUAUGGUGUCUUCCACCACGCUUUAAAAUAUCUGUUACCAUAACACCAGGUACUCAUGCAUCCGAACACGCCAUCAAUAAGCAAUUAGAUGAUAAAGAAAGAGUGGCAGCAGCGUUGGAGAAUACACAUUUAUCAACAGUCUUAAAUAAAUGUAUAGCUACUGCAUAGAUAAUUACUAUUUUAGUCUAAAAUGUUUCUUUGACCUAAAAGAUUAAACAUGUAUAUGUACAUAAAUAUAAUCAUGAAUAAAUCAUAUAUAUAUUAAUAAUAUAUUAUUCACAAUAUCAAACAUUAA